AUGGCGACACUUGAGCAGGAGCUGCUCGCAGAUUUCGCGGACUCGGGCGAUGAGGAUGUUGUGGAUCUGGAGAACGACUUCGCGGGCGGAGACUUUGGUUCCCCGGAACCAGAGAAUGGCGAGGACGAGGAUAUGGUAGAUGAGGAGACAGAGUACGCAGAGAAAGAAGGCAAAAAGAAGGAGAAAGGUCCAGCGGAUAUAAGAAACGCGCAAACCCUUAUGGCCAAUCUGCAACCAAUCUUACAGCAGAUUGACGAAGUCAAGGAUAAGAUGGAGGAAGUGAUGAAUGGCGAGUCGAUUGAAGAGAACCCCGAAUAUCAGUUAUUGAAGGAAGCGAACGAGUUUUCGACUCAAAUCGACGGCGAAAUCCAAGCGGUCCACAAGUUCAUUCGCGACAAUUACUCGCUACGCUUCCCAUACCUCGAGGAGCUCGUCAAGAACCCCGUUGACUACGCGAAGACCGUUGCUAUCCUCGGGAACCGACCGUUAAAUGAUAUCAAGACGAUUGCCCAGGACACAGACAAUAUUGUUGGAGCGCCACUGAAGAACAUUCUGGACGCGCCAUCACUCAUGGUCAUUACUGUUGAAGCUACAAGGGCUGGUGGACAAGAGCUCCAAGAUAUGGAACUUGCAGCUAUCAUGACGGCAUGCAAGCUCCUUCUCAAUCUCGACAAGUCUAAGCACGUCCUCACCGACUACGUUCAGUCACGUAUGAGCGUCUUUGCACCAAAUCUUACAGAGCUUAUCGGCUCCCUGACUGCCGCACAGCUCAUCAAUUAUGCUGGAGGUCUCGCUGGUCUCGCAAAGACACCAGCGUGUAACAUCGCACCGUUGGGCUCGAAUAAAGCAAGUGGAUUGGGUCUAGCAACCAACAUUGGUAUCAGGCAUCAAGGUUUCCUCUACCACAGCCCCAUCCUUGAAGCCAUACGUCCGGAUCUCAAGAAGCAAGGUCUGCGUAUCGUGUCCGCCAAAGUCAUUCUGGCUGCCCGUGUCGACAUGGUCCACUCAGCGCCUGACGGCUCCACCGGGCGCCAGCUCAAAGACGAAUGUGAGCGACGCCUCGACAAGCUGACCGAGAUUCCUGCAAACAAGGGUGUCCGCGCCCUCCCUGCACCUGACGACAAGCCUGCGCGAAAGCGCGGUGGGCGAAGAGCUCGCAAGGCCAAGGAAGCAACUGCCAUGACAGAGAUCAGGAAGGCCCAAAACAGGAUGGCAUUUGGCAAGGAAGAGAAGGAAGUGGGAUAUGGUGACUCAACGAAGGGUAUGGGCAUGAUUGGCGCCACGGACACCGGUCGACUACGCGCACAGCAAAUCGACCCCAAGACAAGAGCGAAGCUGUCCAAGAAAACCCCCGGUUGGGGCGGCGACACAACGCUCGGUGCUGCUUCCUCACUCAAAGGCUUCGGCACCGGCGGGACGGCUACGAGCUUGCGUGCGCAGGGUCUGCGGACUGGUGGUGUUGGUCUGCAGGGCUCUGGUAUGAGUUCUGUUGCUUUCACGCCCGUGCAAGGCCUCGAGCUGGUCGACCCACGGGCUCGUGAAGAAGCCAACCGCAAGCGUAAGGCUGAAGAAGACCGUUGGUUCAAGGGAGGAUCGUUCACACAGCUCGGCGGCAAGACAGAUGCCGCGGGCUUCAAGGUCCCUGCGCUGCCUGUCAAGAAACCGAGAACAGAGUAA